GAGGCAGGAAACCAGGGCAGGCGGCGAGCAAGAGCGAGCAGCGGCGGCGGCAGGGAGCGCGCACCCGCCUGCGGGGUCGUGGCUGCGCACCCGGCCGGUCACCGCGUGCCCGCUGCUGAUGGGGAGGACGUGAACGGGGUCGGGGUCCUCACUGCUGCUGCCCGGCCAUGGGAGUCUGAGAGCUGCUCGUCCUCACCUCGCUGCCACCAGCCACCAUGGGCUGCUGCUGCAGCUCGGACUACGACGACGACUGGAUCGAGAACAUCGACAUCUGCGAGCACUGCAACUACCCCAUCGACCCCGACAGCAAGCGCCAGCAGCUGAUCCGCAAUGGCUCCGAGGUGCGCGAUCCCCUGGUGUCCUACGAGGCCACGUCUCCGCCGUGCUCCCCCCUGCAGGACAAGCUGGUGGUGGCCCUGUACGACUACGAGCCCACCCACGACGGGGACCUGGGGCUGCAGAAGGGCGAGAAGCUGCGCGUCCUGGAAGAGAGCGGGGAGUGGUGGAGGGCACAGUCGCUCACCACGGGCCAGGAGGGUUUGAUCCCCUACAACUUCGUGGCCAUGGUGAACAGCCUGGAGCCUGAGCCGUGGUUCUUCAAAAACCUCAGCCGCAAGGACGCCGAGAGACAGCUCCUGGCCUCGGGCAACACGCACGGCUCCUUCCUCAUCCGCGAGAGCGAGACCUCCAAAGGCUCCUACUCGCUGUCGGUGAGGGACUUUGACCAGAACCAGGGCGAGACGGUGAAGCACUACAAGAUCCGCAACAUGGACAACGGGGGGUACUACAUCUCCCCCCGAGUCACCUUCAGCAGCCUGCACGAGCUGGUGGAGUAUUACACAUGCAGCUCGGACGGGCUGUGCACCCGCCUGGGCAAGCCGUGCCGGACCCAGAAGCCGCAGAAGCCGUGGUGGCAGGACGAGUGGGAGGUGCCGCGGGAGUCGCUGAAACUGGUGGAGAAGCUGGGAGCGGGGCAGUUUGGAGAAGUCUGGAUGGGCUUCUACAACGGCCACACCAAGGUGGCCAUCAAGAACCUGAAGCAGGGCAGCAUGUCGCCCAGCGCCUUCCUGGCGGAGGCCAACCUCAUGAAGAACCUGCAGCACCCGCGGCUGGUGCGGCUGUACGCCGUGGUGACCAAGGAGCCCAUCUACAUCAUCACCGAGUACAUGGAGAAGGGCAGCCUGGUGGAUUUCCUCAAGACCUCGGAGGGAGUGAAGCUCAGCAUCAACAAGCUGCUGGACAUGGCCGCGCAGAUCGCCGAAGGCAUGGCCUUCAUCGAGGCCAAGAACUACAUCCACCGCGACCUGCGGGCUGCCAACAUCCUCGUGUCGGACACGCUGUGCUGCAAAAUCGCCGAUUUUGGGCUGGCUCGCCUCAUCGAGGACAACGAGUACACGGCUCGCGAGGGGGCUAAGUUCCCCAUCAAGUGGACGGCGCCGGAGGCAAUUAAUUACGGGACGUUCACCAUCAAGUCGGACGUCUGGUCCUUCGGCAUCCUGCUCACCGAGAUCGUCACCUACGGCCGGAUCCCGUAUCCAGGGAUGACCAACCCCGAGGUGAUCCAGAACCUGGAGCGGGGGUACCGCAUGCCCCAGCCCGACAACUGCCCGCGGGAGCUGUACGAGCUGAUGGUGCAGUGCUGGAAGGAGCGGCCCGAGGAGCGGCCCACCUUCGACUACAUGAAGAGCGUGCUGGAGGACUUCUUCACCGCCACCGAGGGCCAGUACCAGCAGCAGCCCUGAGGGCCCCCGCAGCCCCCCGGGGUGGGGGGGAGGCACCGCUUUGCCCCCCCCUUCAUGCUGGGGGUCCCCACAGACUCCUUCUGCAUCCCCCCCGUGGGCACUGCUUGGACCUGAGGGGGCAGCGGCACAGACUUGGGGUGCUCCUGAAGGCACACAUUGCCCCCCAAAAGGCUCUGAGGACAUGCCACGUGCCACUGUGCCCACCCGGCUGUGUGCCACCGCCGCCGUCCGCACCGGUGGUGGCUGUGGGGUCCUGAGGACUGUGCGGGGACCCCUAAAGGGCUUCAGGACCGGGGAGCUUCAGGGUCCUGGGGACCAUGUGGGACCCCCCCCAAAGGGCUUCGGGACCAGGGAGCCCCUUGGGGCAGCUUCAGGGUCCUGGGGACUGUGUGAGACCCCAAAGGGCUUCAGGAUGGGGGAUGCUUUGGGACAGGGGAGCCCCUGAGGUGGCUUUGGGGCCCUGGGGACCAUGCGGGGACCCCAAAGGGCUUCAGGACUGGAAAGGCUUCAGGCCCUGGGGUGGUUGUGGGGUCCUGGGGACCAUGAAGAGACCCCAAAGGGCUUCAGCACUGGGGAUGCUUCAAGACCAGGCUGUGGGGUCCCUGGGGACCGUGUGGGGACCCCAAAGUGCUUCAGGACCAGGGAGGUUUUGGGACCAGGGAGCCCCUGGGGCAGCUGUGGGGUCCCUGGGGACUGUGCGGGACCCCCCCAAGGGCUUCAGGACUGGGGAUGCUUUGGGACAUGGAAGCCCCUGGGGUGGCUUUGGGGCCCUGGGGACCGUGUGGAGACCCCAAAAGUGCUUCAGGACCGGGGGCACUUUGGGACCAGGGACCCCCUGAGGACCGGGGUCCCCCGGUUCCCGGGGGGGGGCAGCAGCCAGGGGGCCGUGCAGACGUGCAGCAGGGGCUCAGGGCUUCAGCCUCAGCCCCCCCCCGUCCCGCAGCGCCUGCCCGGGGCCAUACAGGACCUUGGGGACCCCCCCACCAGCCCCACGGGGACCGGGGCCCUGGCGGUGCCCCCCCCACAGCGGGGGUCCCUCACCGGGCCCCCCCCCCGCCUUCACAAAUGGUUCCUCCCCCCUCCCCUCCCCACUCCCCCCCUCCCCUCUCCACAAUGGUUCCG